GACAGUGACACCAGCAGCACGGAGAAGGCAGAUAUAGCAGCAGCAGAGAUGGCUAAAAGCGAUGUAACUAACUACUUCAGGAGGACCAGUCUGCCGUGGAUGAUCUGUAUUACACUAUCUAUGGGCUUUUUCACCUGUACGGUGUAUGCUCCAGAGGUGAUCCCAUAUGAUAAACUGGGUCCGUUUGGCACUUUCACCAGAUACCUGGUGGAUAACCACCCUGAUAUCCUGUAUAAAGGAUGGUGGGCUGCCUCUGGUAUCCAUGUCUUUGAAGCACUGUAUUCACAGAAGGUUUGCAGUAACAAAGGUAUCCACGGCCUGAACGCUCGGCUGCUGUGGUUUGGUCAAACCUUACUGUUUGGAUUCGCGUCUCUUGGCCUCCUCCUGAAGUUUGAUCCUAAACGCCCCAAACACCACUGACUCCCACAGCCAGCACCUCCUACAGAAUAACAGAUAAACUACACUGCACAAACCAGCAACUAUCGCCUCUGCCUUAUGCACUAACACUUACUAGAAAAAAACUGAGCUAAAAAUACACUUUUUAAUAACGUUUCAGCAAAUUCUAUUUCAAGUAUUUUUAUUAUAAUUAUGUUUACAUAAUUUUAAUAGAUUUGAGUACAUUUUCAUCAAUAGUUGUGAAUGCUGAUGUUAAUAUUUGUGCAAUAACAAUGUAUUAAAUGGAAUGGUUUCCAAUGGUUUAAAUGCACUGGUUUUCACUGCUUGCAUUCCACAGUGAUAGAUUUGGGCGCGCUGUGCUAGAGGUGGCCUUUUUAUAUAGAAAAUGAAUUUCUGAAGUGUUUUGAUUUUAUUAGAGUGGAUACUGGUUGGAGUUACAAUAAAACUUUGAAUGUACACUG